AUGAGCAAAAUACUCGAGUCCAACAAGGAAACGACGAUCCUUUUAUUCGGAUCCCAGAUCGAGAAGUUGACCAAGGAUUCAUUGGACGAAAUCAAAACCACACUUGCAGACCGAUCGUCCCGAGAAUGGAUCUUGACUACCCUGGCAGGCCUGCCGGGCUACUGGGAUGCCCUGUCCAAGUCAGUUCCCGACAUCACUGAGUCCAUCGGCACUCGGGGAAAUGUACUUCUGGCAGAUCUCGAGGUCUGGCUCCGGAACGGUGCGGACCAGAGCGCCGAUCUCAUGCGGGAGCUCGAAGAUCUCCCUAGCAUGGUUCUGUCCCCACUGGUCAUCCUGACACAACUGACUCAAUACCGCCAAUAUCUCGAGCUGCAGCGGCGGGCAAACAAAUCCCCCGCAGGUACCGACGUACAUGCACAGCGGGUAGCCGAGAAGAAGACAUCGACAUUGGGAUUCUGUAUGGGACUCGAUGCUGCAUUCGCCAUUGCCAGUGCGAAAACCGCAAAAGAAGUUGACGAGUAUGGCUCAGUGGCUGUGCGCGUCGCCAUGAUCGGCGGUGCUUUGAUUGAUGCCCAGGACGAAUGGAGCAAGAAACAGGGACUGGGUCCCUCCAAGUCCUUCGCUGCGGCCUGGCGCACGGAUGCACAGAAGCAGGACAUGGAACGCGUGGUUGAUGGGCUUUUCCCCGAAGCCUAUAUCUCCGUAUUCUAUGACGAUGCACGCGGAACGGUCACAACUACGGAGCGUGCUGCGCCCCGACUCGUUCGACAACUGCGUGCAGCUGGUAUCACAACUGCCGAAGUUGGCCUUCGAGGCAAUAUCCAUAGCCCGAAGCCUGAUACCAAGGAGAAGGCGGAGGCUGUGCUGAGCUUCCUCCGAGAUACGCCUGGUCUACAGCUUCCCGAUGCUUCCCGUUUGGCUAUGCCCACAUACACCAAUAAAGGAGAUGGGAAGCCGGUCGAUGCUAGCGCUGUUCCCAUGCAUGAGAUCGCCUGUCGUACAGUCUUCAUGGAGCAGUGCGAUUGGUAUGGUACAUUUGCGUCGGUCAAAACAGCGGUUCUUGACACCGACACCGCAGCUCAUGUUAUCACAUUUGGCCCCGAUCGUUGUGCUCCUCCAACCUUUGUGCGCCCCCUGGGACCCCGGCUCAACCACUUCGCAGAUCUUCCUGUGGAAGCACGAGUACAACUAUCAGCAGGGGACAAGGUGCCAACAGCAAGCAUCCCGGCACCACAGCAGCCAAACAACCAUGUGGCUUACAAUAGCAACGACAUUGCCGUGGUGGGAAUGUCGAUCAAAGUAGCUGGCGCAGAUGAUCUCUCAGAGUUUGCUGAGGUUUUGAAGACGGGCGAGUCACAGCACGAGCUGAUUACCCCGGAUCGUAUCGCAUUUGACACGGUCUUCCGCGAGGGCGACAAGGAUGCGUCUCGUCAGUACUACGGCAACUGGAUGCGUGACCCAGACGCCUUCGAUCACAAGUUCUUCAAGCGUAGCCCCCGCGAGUCCGCCUCGACGGAUCCACAGCAGAGACUUCUCCUUCAAGCAGCGUACCAGGCAGUCGAACAGUCAGGCUACUUCACCGAGAAAUCUCGGAGCCCUCGGAGAGAAGAGAAGUCCGGGAAGAAGGGCCAUGUCGGAGUUUUUGUCGGCUCCCCCGCAGUCGACUAUGAACACAAUGUUGCAUGCUAUAGCCCCAAUGCCUUCACAGCUACAGGAAAUCUGCAAAGUUUCCUUGCUGGCAGGGUUGCUCACUGGUUCGGCUGGACAGGCCCUGCGAUCGUGAUUGACACCGCAUGUUCAUCAUCGGCUGUGGCCGUUCAUAUGGCCUGCCGCAACCUGCUGACUGGCGAGUGCGACGCUGCCCUGGCCAGUGGAGUUUCUAUUUUCACCAACCCGCUUUGGUUCCAGAACCUUGCUGCAGCUAGCUUCUUGAGCCCCACUGGCCAGUGUAAGCCAUUUGACUCGCAGGCAGAUGGAUUCUGUCGAGCUGAAGGAAUUGCCUGUGUCUUCCUGAAGCGGAUGUCGGAUGCAAUUGCCGACGGAAACCCCAUUCUGGGUUGCAUUGCCAGCACUGCUGUUUAUCAAAACCAGAACUGCACGCCCAUGUUUGUGCCGAACUCGCUCUCUCUCACAGAUCUGUUCAAGGAUGUCAUCAAAGAAUCGAAGGUCGCGCCCAGCGACAUCUCCCUCGUCGAAGCCCAUGGGACAGGAACACCAGUCGGUGACCCGGCUGAAUAUGACAGUAUCAAGAAUGCAGUGGGCGGACCUGGAAUACGUUCCACACCUUUGCCAAUUGGAUCCGUCAAGGGCCAUGUUGGACACGCCGAGGGUGCUUCUGGUGCAGUUUCUCUGAUCAAGGUCUUGAUGAUGAUGAACCAGAACUUCAUUCCGCCGCAGGCCAGCUUCUCAAAGAUGAAUCCCGGCAUCAAGGCCUCGCCGGAUGACAUGUUGGAAGUGGUUACUUCUCUUCGCCCUUGGAGUGACAGCACCAGCAAAAAGGCUCUUAUCAACAACUAUGGCGCUUGCGGUUCGAAUGCUGCCAUGGUUAUCACUCAGUCCCAGUACCACAGCAUUGGAUUGUCAACUGCAUCGAUCAGAGGCAUUAAUGCGCGACUACCCUUCUCAAUCUCUGGUCUCGACGCUGGAAGCAUCCGUAGGUAUGCUGGUAAGCUGGCCGCCUAUCUCCAGCGUCAACCCGAACCAGUCACUCUCGCUGAUAUCUCUUUCAAUGUUGAUCGAAUUGUCAACCCGUCCCUUGGCCAGAGCCUUACAUUCAGCUCUAGCUCUGUCAAGGAGCUACAGGAGACACUUUCGCAAAUCGCUGAAGACUCUAGCAAGCCAUCUGUGUCUAUUGAGCCAACUAAGGUGGAACGUCCUGUCAUCCUCUGCUUCGGUGGUCAGGUUUCCACUUUCGUCGGCCUGGAUAGGACUCUAUAUGACACCGCGGCUAUCCUGAGACACCACAUUGACGAGUGCGAUUCUGUUAUCCAAUCCCUGGGCCUUGAAAGCAUUCUUCCGGGUAUUUUCUCCAACACCCCUGAGGAGAACCCCGUCCGCGUGCAGACAAUGCUCUUCGCCAUGCAGUACUCGUCCGCCAGGUCCUGGAUCGAUUGUGGUCUCUUUGGAAAGAUCUCAGCCGUUGUAGGUCACAGCUUUGGAGAGUUGGUUGCACUCUGCAUUUCAGGUGUUCUUAGCCUCCAAGAUGCCAUCCGGAUGGUUGCCGGUCGUGCGCAACUGAUCCGGGAGGUCUGGGGCGCAGACAAGGGUGCCAUGAUGGCUGUCGAGGCGGAUGCCGCUCUCGCUAAGGAGCUAGUCACCGCCGCUGCUCACCAUCUCAAGGAAAGCUAUCCCGACGUGGCGCCUGCUGAUAUCGCCUGUUACAAUGGAGUGCGAAGCUUCACUCUGGCAGGCCCCACCAAGGCCGUAGAUGCGGUCGCUGAGGCCAUCACAAAGGACCCUAGGUUCUCCGCAAUCAAGAGCAAGAGGUUGAAUGUCACAAAUGCUUUCCAUUCGUCUCUCGUCGAUCCGCUGGUCGACCAAUUGAAGGAGAUUGGCAAGGAUCUCACGUUCAACAAGCCUUCAAUUCCACUUGAGCUUGCAACUGAGACCCGAUCUGGUAGUGAUUUAACACCGAUGUAUGUCGCUGAUCAUAUGCGCAAGCCGGUGUUCUUCUGUCAAGCUGUUCAGCGCCUUGCUGAGGAGAACCCUUCGGCGAUCUUCCUAGAGGCAGGUUCCGCAUCUGGCAUUACUGUCAUGGCGAGCCGCGCCCUGCCAUCAGGCAGCUCCCAUGGCUUCCAAGCAGUGAAAAUCACCAACUGCAACGGCCUGGAUGGUUUGACAGACGCGACUGUCUCUCUCUGGAAACAGGGAUUGCGAGUCUCAUUCUGGCCGCACCAAGCAUCCCAAACAAAUGAGUACGCCGCUAUUGUGCUACCACCAUAUCAGUUCGAAAAGUCACGUCACUGGCUUGGGCUCCGUUCUCCAGUCGAGGCCGUUCAAGAAGCCGCGGCUCGUUUGGCUCCCGUCGCCGCACCGGCCCAAGGAGCCGGUGUCGAGGAGAAAAGCCUUGGUCUGUGGUCAUUCAUGGGCUACCUCGACGAUGAAAAAAGCAAGAGCAAGAAGAGCAGCAAGCGCGCUUCUGUUCGCCCCCGCUUCCGUAUCAACACAGGCUCUGAGGAAUACAAUAAGUUCGUCUCUGGUCACAUCAUCGCUCAGACAGCCCCUAUCUGUCCAGGCACACUGCAAGUCGACAUUAUGGUUGAAGCCUUAUACAGCCUUCAUCCAGAAUGGACGGACGAAGGUUUCCUGCCCAUCAUUUCUGACAUGAUUAAUCACUCACCACUAUGUGUUGACCCAUCACGUACCGUCUCUUUGGACUUCAAGUCUGCUGAAGGUGACCUAACUCAAUGGGAGUGGAGUAUCUCAAGCACAUCCACCACCUCCAACGACGAUGGGCAGAGUUACGUGCAGGGUCGGAUUCGCAUUCUUUCCCCAACCGACGCGUCUUACGCGGGCGACUUCGCACGUUUCGAACGUCUCUUCCCACACUCCCGAGCUUUGGAAAUUCUCGCUGCAGCUGGCGAUGACGAGGCCGUCGAGGUGCUUCAAGGCCGCAAUGUCUACCGCACUUUCAGCGAGUUCUGCGAUUAUGCCGAGAUGUAUCGCGGGGUGCGCUCAGUGGUGGGUCGUGCGGAUGAGUGUGCGGGCCGUGUUGUGGGUCGGUAUAGCGGCAAGACUAUGAUCGACACACUGCUUGAUGACAGCUUCAGUCAAGUUGGAGGCAUGUGGGUCAAUUGUAUGACUGAUACUGCCCCUGGAGAUAUGUAUAUUGCCACUGGUAUCGAUUUAACGAUGCGGUCGCCUCGUCGCGUUAUCAGCACAGCUCGGUCGCAGGAGAACUGGCAUGUCUAUGGUCGCAAUACUCGCCAGUCAGAGACUGAUUAUCUCAGCGAUGUUUUCGUUUUCGAUGCUGCCACAGGUGAGCUUGCGGAGGUGAUGCUGGGUAUUCAUUACUCGCGUAUCUCGAAGGCAUCUAUGAGUAGGAUGCUCACCAAGCUCACGAAAGACAAGUCGGUCUUGAGGACGACAACAGCUGCAGUGGCCGCGACUUCUACCCCCAGCCCGUCGGCAAACAAUGCUGUUGGAAUCUUUACUCCUGGAUUGUCUUCUCAACAGCGUGAUGUUGUCGCUGAUGUCGCAGGAGGCUCCAAGCAGAAAUCCAAGAAAAAGAAGGAGAAGAAGGUUAAGAAGUCCACAAGCUCUGGGCGAGAUAUCAAUGGCGAGGUCAUUAAUUUGGUUGCAACCGUCGCUGGUAUGGAUGCCAGCGAGAUUUCUCUUGACACCGAAGUUGCCGACAUUGGUAUCGACUCCCUCAUGGGCAUGGAGCUUGCUCGUGAAGCCCAAACUAUGUUCAAGCAAGAAAUGGACCAGGAUGCCUUACUGCAGGCCGCCAGUGUGCGCCAGCUUGUCGAAGUUAUCUCCGCUGUUGUGCUUGGAGCUGGCGGUGGCAAUGCUGCACCGACUGGCGAUAUGAGUAGCGAUGAUGAGGACAGCGAGUCAUCCGAUGAAGCCGGCGACUGGUCGAGCGGCGAUGAGGGUGAUACCCCUGCUUCUGGCUCAGAUACCGGCUUUGUUAUGGUCAAGCCCGUCCCUGCUAAGAAGACUCUAGAAUUAUCAUCUGCUGAUCUCUUGGAGUGCUUUCGCGAUAUCAAGAUGAGUACCGAUCAGCGGCUCGUAGACCUUAAGGUCGACAAUCUCGACCGUGUCAUUAUUGGAGCUACCAGUCGACUUUGUGUGGCUUUGAUGGUCGAGGCCUUUGAACAGCUAGGCUGCCCUCUGCGUUCGGCUUCCAAGGGUGAUGUUCUUAAGCCUAUUCCCUUCCAGCAGGAAUACAAUCGUUUGGUCGAGUGGCUUUACAGCUUCCUGGAGAAGGACGCCCGCCUGAUCGAUGUCGAUCCUUUCAGUGGUGAGAUCACACGAACCGCUGUUGCAGCGCCCUCAAAGUCAAGCGAAGCUAUCUUGGAAGAACUGAAAACGACAAUUCCGAACUGGGCUGUCACCGCUAAGCUUAUCUUCCAUGCUGGCAAGCCUCUGGCCCAGAUUCUCAAAGGAGAAACAGACGGCAUCCAGGUCCUUUUCGGCUCGGCAGAGGGUCGCGAAUUGAUGGCAGGACAUUAUCGUCACAACCCGUUUGCCUCUAUGCUUGGAGACAUGAUGGGUGAUCUGCUGGUCAGCCUUGGAAACAAGAUCAAGGCAACCGGUGCGGAAGGAACGCUAAAGAUUCUGGAGAUGGGUGCUGGCACCGGUGGUACGACACAAAUUUUGGUGCCUCUCUUGGCCUCCUUGAACAUCCCCGUUGAGUAUACCUUCACCGAUCUUUCCGGAUCUAUGGUCGCAGCAGCACGGCGAACGCUGGGAAAACAAUACCCAUUCAUGAAGUUCGCAGUCCAUGAUAUUGAAAAGACUCCAGCCGAUGAGAUCUGUGGUCAGCACAUUAUCGUCGCCAGCAAUGCUGUCCACGCGACACACAAUCUGAUCGAAUCGGCCAAGAACGUGCGCAAGACCCUGCGCCCUGAUGGACUGCUCAUGAUGCUUGAACAAACUGAGGAUAUGCCGCUUUGCAAUUUGAUCUUUGGUCUGUUCGAAGGAUGGUGGAUGUUUGACGACGGUCGUACCCACGCAGUCGUCUCCACCGAGAAUUGGGAGCGUGAUCUCCACACAGCUGGCUUUGGUCAUGUCGAUUGGACAGAUGGCCAUCUGCCCGAGAACAACAUCCAGAGAGUGGUCGUUGCUUUGGCUAGUGGUCCUGCUUUGGAGCGUCUUCCUAUUCCUGCCUUGCGCCCUGAGCCCCCUGCUCAGCCGACUAGGGAUCUGGCUACGCGGGAAGCCGAAGCAGAGAAAUAUAUCUCGGAGCAUGUCGCUGGAUGGGCAACACCCGCCCUAGUUGAAGCUGAUACCAAGAAGCAAGGUAAGGAGGCCGAGAGUUUGAAAGAUGCCGUCGUCCUAGUCACCGGUGCAACUGGAAGCCUGGGCUCGCAUUUGGUCGCUGCAUUUGCCGAACAUCCCGACGUACAGACGGUUGUGUGCGUCAACCGACGCAGCACCACCCCAAUUGAGACACGACAAGCCGAGGCCUUUUCCAAGCGCGGCAUCACGCUCUCUCCAACUGCCAGCUCGAAGUUGCGCAUUCUUGAAACGGACACCGCUCAGCCUCAACUUGGCGUCGAAGCCGCUGAGUACGAGUGGCUUGUCCAGAACGUCACCCACCUCGUGCACAAUGCCUGGCCCAUGAGCGGCACGCGCCCGUUGCCCGGCUUCAUUCCCCAGUUCCAGACCAUGCGCAAUCUAUUGGACCUUGCCCGUGCCGCAGCAUGCCGCAGCACGAGAUCUGGCGAUGAGACUCGCCGCAUUGGAUUCCAACUGGUCACUUCGAUCGGUGUUGUUGGGCAUGCAGGCCAAGGACACAUUCCCGAAGAACGAGUCUCUAUCUCUGCAGUUCUUCCCACCGGCUACUGCGAGGGCAAGUGGGUCUGUGAGCGCAUGCUGGAUGAGACACUUCACAGAUACCCAACUCUCUUCAGACCCAUGGUUGUCCGCCCAGGACAAAUCGCCGGAUCAACCACUAGUGGUGUCUGGAACCCCCAAGAGCACUUUGCGUUCAUGGUAAAGUCAGCCCAGUCACUCGGUGCAUGGCCCGACCUGAACGGAACCAUGCAGUGGGUGCCUGUCGACGCAGCUGCUAAUUCUAUGAGCGAGUUGCUGUAUAUCGGCACUGAGUCUAUUGCGCCCAACCCCUACCCCGUCUAUCACAUCGACAAUCCUGUUGGACAGCCUUGGAAGGAAAUGUCUCCUGUUCUGGCGAAGGCACUUGGGAUCGAGCCCAGUGGUAUGAUUCCCUAUCGUCAUUGGCUCCGACGCAUUACACGCUCGCCUCUGCAGGAAUCGGAGAAUCCAGCCAUCCGUCUUGUACAUUUCUUGGAUGCUGAUUAUGAGCGCAUGUCUUGUGGUGGAUUGAUCCUGGAUACUACGAAGACUCAAGAGCAUUCGAAGACUAUGGCUGCUUUGGGGCCUGUGACUCCGGCUGCUGCUGAGAAAUAUGUGAAAGCUUGGAAGGAGAUGGGUUUCCUUUACUGA